AUGGCCUAUAGUCCCUAUGGCCUCGUGGCCAUAACCAGGAAGUGGCGCAACAAGGGCGCCGGCGCCGCCGCCGCUUAUAAGGGCUGCUGGCGGGGCUGCGGACAUCAGUUCAGUGAACCAAGCGACCUGAUGAGGAUUGCCGUGGUCUUCUUGUGUGUGGCCCUGAUGGCCGUGGUCGCCCACGCCUCGCCGGGCCGGAGGUACGGCGGCGGCGGCGGAGGUGGAGGCAAGAGCCGGGGAGGCGGAGGCGGCAGGAGCUACGGAGGAGGUGGAGGAAGCAGGGGUGGUGGAGGAGGAGGAUAUGGUGGAGGAGGAGGAGGAGGAGGUGGAAGAAAGAGUGGUGGUGGAGGCGGAGGAGGAUAUGGUGGAGGAGGAGGAGGAGGAAGAAAGAGUAGUGGUGGAGGUGGAGGAGGAUAUGGUGGAGGAGGAGGAGGAGGAGGAAGAAAGAGUAGUGGUGGAGGUGGAGGAGGAUAUGGUGGAGGAGGAGGAGGAGGAAAGAGUGGUGGUGGAGGCGGAGGAGGAUACGGUGGAGGAGGGGGUGGAGGAGGAAAGGGCGGAGGUGGAGGAGGUAGCAGGUACGGCGGAAAAUGAAAGAACCACAAAGAAUUGGCGAGCAAAGAAUUGUCCGUUCCUCCUCCCUCCCCUCCACGGCUCGGCUGCGUCCCGGCUUCCCCGGCUUCCCCGGCGGCCCGGCGCCGUCCUGGCCGUUUCACGGCUUCCCGAUCCUGACACCAUUCCUGCACACACACUUGUGUUUAUACAUAUAUAUAUAUUUAUAUAUACAUACAUACAUACAUACAUACAUAUAUAUAUAUAUAUAUAUAUAUAUAUAUAUAUAUAUAUAUAUAUAUAUCGUGCACGUGUGUGUCUGUGUGAAUAUGCAGUAUAAAACAUACAUGCACAUUCCCAUCUUCAUUCUAGUGUAAGAGCAUAAACUUUCA